AUGAAUGAAUUGCAGAGGAACAUGGUGAAAUCAAUGGUGGGAGUUGGUAGGCAGCAGAGAUUUUUCGUGACAUCAUCUGCACCGAAAAUGAAACCAGCUACUGGGACAUACGAUCAUCACUAUUCUCAACAGCAACGUCAACAAUUGAAUUCAUCUAAACCAAGCAGCAGUUGGAGCGUUAAAGGGGAUUACGUACCAGUGUACGUGUCAGCCGGUUUAAUAUUGCUGGCAGGACUAAUAGGAGUGCACACUAUUGACCAGCAGUUAAGUCAUAACCCAGCUGUGAGACUGAAGAAGAAGAGAAGAGAAACAUUGUCAGAGGUGGAGGAGCCAGAGCUUGUGAUGGAGGAAUCUGACAAGUUCAUCAACAAAUCAUUUUUCAGGAAGAUUGCUCAUAUCCAGGACUUCAACAACGACCAAUCCAAAACCAUUCCUGAUACCAUGCGUGGAGAUGCUUUCACUCGGUAAGAGAUUUUCGUGAACAAAAUUAAUUGGUUAGAUAAUAACCCAAACAGCAUCAUCGAGGCCAUUAGGAAUAAUAAUAAGCUGGAACUCCAAUGUUUUGUUUGUAAGCAAGCACUAACAGUUCUCC